CUGAAUGUGGACUGCUAUUUAUGUGUAAAAAUGAAUAGAAUUUAUUUGUUUUUAUGUUUAAUAAGCGCAUUGUGUUUAAUUGUAAUUCAUGCACAACAUCACUACGAUGAACAUAAAACCAGCAACAUGAUUUGGUGCACAAAAAGUGAGGAGGAGCAGUACAAAUGUCUAAACUUGACUGCGGCCAUCGAACGGGACCGAGCGCUCUUUGACGAUGCCUUCAUGAAUCUCACCUGCUUUAUGGCAUACAGCGCAGAUGAAUGCAUCCAUCAUCUGGACCGCGAGAAGGCGCAUAUCACAACGCUGGACGCCGGAGAUGUUUUUACCGCUGGUCGUUACAACUCCCUGAUCCCAAUAAUGCAGGAGAAAUUGGAGGGCGGAUUCUUGAACUAUCAUUCAGUGGCUGUUAUCAAGAAGAAUACACUCCCCGAUGUUACCGAGUUGCGACACCUGCGUCAAAAGAGAGUUUGCUUUCCCUGGGUGGGAAGUCUGGCAGGUUGGAUUGUACCCAUAUACACGCUGCAACACUUUGGCGAUAUGGAGGUUGUGGAUUGCAAUAACCAGGUGAAAACGGCUGCCAACUAUUUUAACAGCUCCUGCGCUGUGCACUCGCUGAUUGACAAGUACAAUCCCAUCGGAGACAAUUCUGACAAACUUUGUGCAUUAUGUACGGGCAAAAUACCUGGACGCUGCUCGGCGUCUGAUCCAUAUUUUGGAUACGAUGGUGCAUUUAGGUGCCUCCUCGAGGCGGGAGAUGUUGCUUUCUUGCGGCACUCGACUGUUUCAGAAAUGCUGCAAACUAUAGAGUUUAAAAAAUUGUCGCCGGAUACCUUUGAAUUGCUUUGCCGGGAUGGUAGCCGUGUGCCCAUCUCUGACUAUCGCCAAUGUAGCUGGGGACAAGUUCCUUCGGAUGCAAUUGUUACUUCCUCAGCUCGUAGUUUUCGGGAUCGUUUCCGAUACCAACAGUUUUUGAAACGCAUUGCUGAGUUGUAUUCAGACGCACUCCGUGAGGAAUCAAAAGGCAAUCAGCCACAGACUGGCGUUGGCUUUAACACAUACGAUCGCAACAACUUCAAUGACCAAGGUCGUAGCAACCCAUACGACAAUUUCAACAGUCAAUACGACAAUAUCAACACCUACAAUAGAAAUCAGAACCAAAAUCAAAAUCCCUUUGACCGAUUUGAUGGCACAAAUUAUCGCAAUGACCGACUGGACAGCAGUUUUACCACUGAACGCAAUUCAUUUGAUGGCAACACAUCUGUACCUUAUGAAAAAUUCCGUAUUUUUGAAUCGAGCAGAUAUGGAAAAUCUAAUCUGCUUUUCCAGGAUGCAGCCAGAGAUCUCAUUUCCAUAUCGGAAGACGAUCAGUCCUUUACUAAAUAUUUGCAGAAAUCUAUUGAAUAUAUAUACGGCAUCCGGGAAUGUCCCGUUCCAGCAAUGACGAUGUGUGUGACCUCUGAGCCGGAGCUGGAAAAAUGCAUCAAAAUGAGAACGGCGCUCAAAGCACAAAUUUUAAAACCAGAACUUAUUUGCAAAAAAAUGCACUCGCAUAUAAACUGUAUGCAACUUAUACAGUCAGGCAAAGCUGAUGUGUCUGUCUUUGAUGCCGGCGAUGUAUAUACGGGUGGAUUGAAUUAUGAUUUGAUUCCAUUCAUGUCUGAGGUCUACAAUUUGGGUGAGCCGGAAUACUAUGUUGUAGCUGUAGCCAAAGAAGAAGAUCCCGACACCGAGCUAACGUAUCUGAAGGGGAAGAACACAUGUCAUACUGGCAUUAAUAUGGCCGCAGGCUGGACAUAUCCAAUGGCAUUCCUAAUAUCGAAUGGUUGGAUACGACCUUAUGGAUGUGACUCGAUACGUGCCGCAGCAGACUUUACCAAAUCAUGCGUCCCCGGCGCAAUCAGUAGCGAAUAUAAUACUGGCGUACCGUACGACAGCAUGUGUGACCUUUGCCAUGGAACCAGCUACAGAUACUGCCGCCGCGAUGCUUCGGAGGACUACUAUGGUCAUACGGGUGCGUUCCGCUGCCUUGUUGAGGGCGGUGGCCAUGUGGCUUUUAUGAAGCACACCACUGUAAUGGAGAGCACGGGUGGCAAACGCAAGGAGUGGUGGGCACGGAAUGCUUUAAACGAUGAUUUUGAACUUUGCACGGACGGCACACGCGCCGAGCUGCAAGUAAAACGCUGCAAUUUGGGCAAAGUUAGAGCUAAUGCUGUAGUCACGCGUGGCGGGGUCAACUACAAUGAGACACAAUUGCACGCAUAUAUCAACCUGCUAACCUAUGCCCAACAGCUGUACGGCCGGAAGGAU